CGUAAGCUCGUCUAACCAUAUACUUUUAUCGUCUUCUUCUUCUUAUUACAUCCAUACACAUAAUCUCAUAACCUAUACAUAGCCAAUUUUUAGUAAAUUCCAGUCGUCUUUUCUAUUUUUCACCAAUAGAACACGACCAUAUUCACUUCUAUCACUUUCUAAAUAUAGACACUUAGCCCCUGACUUGAAUUGGUCAAAAUCUCUCUCUCUCUCCCUCUCUCUCUCUCUCUUGUCUCAUUGUCUCUGUCUUAUAUCAGCUUGUCUCUCCUCCCUCAUUUCUCUCCAUUCCCCUGCAUUUCCUUCCCACCAGGAGAAAACUAAGGAACAGAACUCGCCAAACCCUUGAAACAAAAAAAUGCCCUCAGGCAAACCUUCUUCUGUCUUCCCUUUACAUCCCAAACCAACACCAUUAAAAUCAUCAAGCAGCACCAGCAACAGCAACAAUAGCACAAACCAGGCCUGUGCCGCCUGCAAAUACCAGCGCAGGAAAUGUGCUCCUGAUUGUCUUCUCGCUCCUUAUUUCCCUCACGACCGUCACCACCAAUUCCUCAACGCUCACAAGCUCUUUGGAGUCAGCAACAUCACCAAGAUCAUCAAAUCCCUUAGCCCUCCUGAGAAAGACGCAGCUAUGCAUACGAUCAUGUUUCAGUCCGAUGCUCGUGCCAAUGAUCCGGUUGAAGGUUGCUAUAGCAUCAUAAGAAAGCUUCAUCACCAGAUCGAGUGCACAAGAAACGAAUUGGAGAUUGUUCUUCAACAAUUGGCUGUGCUUCGUGACCGUGCUCAUAAUCAUCACCAUCUUCAUCAUCCUCAAGAAUCGCAUAUCCAGAUGCAAGAACCUGAGGAUCUAUCGAGUUUUUCGAGUUCUUGUGAUCUAAACAACAACAACAACAAUUUGAUUCCUUACAAUUACCCUCUCCAUCAUGUUCAAGAACAAAAUCAACAGCAGCAACAACAACAGUAUUGUUCUCCUGGAACCUUUAAUGGGUUACAAGAAGACAUGUGGUGUCUUCAACUUCAAGAUUCAUCAACGACGGUGAAUUUAAAGAGUGGCUUCAUUGAUGAAUGUGAGGACGUUAAGCCUGUGGAAGAAGUUUCUAGCGAGAGACACGAGUUCGAGAAUCAUGAAGAUUUCGUUGAACAACGGAAACUCGACUUGCCUUCCGCUCAAUUCAUCAUUUCUUCUUAGCUUUUUUUUU